AUGGAGCAACCAGAAACCGUUUCACCUCUGAACAUCGUCAUUGUUGGAGCAGGCAUUGGUGGGCUUACAGCAGCCCUGGGUCUGCGCCAGCAGGGUCACAAAGUGACGCUUCUAGAACGCUCAGGCUUGAAUUCUGAAGUUGGCGCCGCGAUUCAUCUUGCCCCAAACUGCCAUGGCAUUCUCAAGCAAUUCGGUGUGUUUCCUGAGAAGUUCGGGGCCAAUCCAAUCAGAGGUCAUGUACUCAAGUCUUGGAUGCUCGCACAUCGGGUCCGCCUCCACGAAGAGCUGAAAAAAGUGGCGACUUCAACUUCCCUGCCCGGUCGACCUGCCGAAAUCCGCACUAACUGUUCCGUCGCCGAUGUCGACCCCACGGCCGGUACAGUGACACUUGAGGACGGAUCCGUCGUGUCAGGCGAUCUUCUCAUUGGUGCCGAUGGUGUUAGCUCAGUCACUCGAUCCAUCGUCGCAGGCCCAUCUCUCAAGCCUUUUGGUUCGGGAAAGAGCGCCUUCAGAUUCAUGAUACCGCGAUCAACACUCCAGGAGAAUCCCGAAACGCGAGACCUGGUUGCCGAGGAUGGCUAUCUGACCAUGUGGGUUGGCGACGACAGACGUCUUGUCAUGUACCCAACCUUGAACAACACGGUCAUGAACUUUGUUGGCAUUCACCCUAGCGAGCUCACAUCAGGGCAGGGCAAAGGAUGGAGUCGUAGUGGCAGCAAGGAACGCCUGCUAGAAGUAUACGGCGGUUUCGCUCCUGUUGUGCUGUCUAUUCUACGGGAGGUGGAGGAAUCGGAGCUGAAGGUCUGGACGCUGCUAGACAUGGAUCGUAUUCCAACGUGGUUCAAGGGCAAGCUAGCGCUUCUCGGUGACGCAGCACAUCCAUUCUUGCCUCAUCAGGGCCAAGGAGGUGCCAUGGCCAUCGAAGAUGCGGCUGCACUUGCUGCCCUUCUCCCUUCAGGAACAACUGUCAAUGAACUUCCUGAGAGGCUAGCUUUGUACGAAAAGAUCAGAGAUACCAGGGCCCACAAGAUCCAAAACUUCACGAGAUCGGCCGGAGAGGAUUUGACUGACGCCAAUCGGAAGAAUUUCAACAAAACAGUGAUGGAGUUUAUCAACUACAACUUUGGCCACGAUGAGUGGCACAACUCGAGGAGAGUCCUCCAAGAACACCUUUGGUCUCGCAAUGGGCCGAGCUUCCAACGAGGGCCCGUUUCCUUCGGACCCAUGCCGAGCCCGAGACAGCGCCACGAUGGCACCCCUCAACCCCCUGGCGGCUCCACGACGGUUCAUAACAUUCGCUUCAGCACAUCUGCUACGUAUCUCAAGACGCUCUUCCCGACUCCGGCUUUUAGCUUCGUCAGCCCCGGUACGCUUGCUGAGGCCAGUCUUGUGACGCUCGAGUUUCGUGACUUGUCGUGGCUCGGGGGUCGCGGAUAUAACGUCUGCGGCUUCUUCAUCCACGGCGUGCAGUACGAGAAGGAGUCGGGCAAUUGCGUUGUCGGUUCCUUCAUGGUUGUCAUGUUCGAGGGGGCUGCUGAUCCUCUUGUCACAGGAAGAGAAGAACUCGGCGUGCCAAAGAUCUUCUGCAACAUUGAUGUCGCCCGGAAGGAAAGGGGCGUGCUUGUAAAGUGUAGCUGGGAUGGCAAUGUUUUCAUCGAGAUUGAUCUCGGCGCAGGGUCUACGACGAACGGAGCCACAACGAAUGGCGUCUCAAAGCCCGAAGAUCAAGAUGCGCAGACUCCGACAAACGGGGCUUCGCAGCCGGUUCAAGACGCACCAACUUGGUUCUGGUACCGUUGCGUGCCUUCAGUGGGCAAGAAGGGUGUUGCAGAUGCUGAGUAUCUCGUCACCCAGACGCAUGAAUCAGCACCGGAGCCCAGCUCGCUCGAUGUGGCGGCAAAGAAGACGUGGCAUGAAUCGACCAUGAAAUUUGAUAGAGGAACAUGGAAGACGCUACCUACGCUUCAUCAUGUGGCUUCGACGCUGGCAGAUAUGCCCGUCUAUGGAAUCAUUGCCAGCGACACUACGGAACGGGAGGGUAUCGAAAGCUUUUCCACUGUAUCUCGGUUCGAUGAGAGCCCUUAG